AUGGAUUCACGAGACUAUGCAUUCAAAGCAUUCGGCGAUGCAAAGCACAUCUACGCCACAGCGCAUUGGGCCAAAUCGCAAACCGAUACACCACUCGGGAUAGCUCUUGCCUUCCAUGGUGGUGGUUUCGUCGUCGGUUCUAGGAAAAUGCUACCAAUGGAGCAAAUAGAAUAUUUGGCCAACGCCGGAUUCGUUGUUGUUUCAGCCGACUAUCGGCUAUGUCCCCAGGUCUCGCUAUACGAAGGACCUAUCCAAGAUGCGAAAGACGUCUAUGCAUGGUGCAAAGAUUGCCUUCCAGGGUUGCUGAAAGAUGAUGCGAGCCUUGACGUGGACCCUUCUCGCACCGUUGUAUUCGGCCAUUCCGCGGGUGGUUGUUUGGCUUUGCAUACGGGUGCUCUUCAAGAUCCUCCACGAGCGAUUCUCAAUUUCUAUGGCGUCAAGUGCACAACAGAUCCUUUCUGGUUUUCGCCUUUGCCGGCUCUUGCGAUGAUUCCAUCACUUGACGAGGAAUUCAUCAAACAGGUGUACAAGGAACCAGUAUCCUCGAACACGAUGCUUUCCCUAGAGCGCGCGACAAACACCAGCAAUCAGCCAAAAACCAAGGGUUUACCUCGUCCUGACCUUUCUGUAGCGAGAAACGCAUGGCUGUUCGUCAGUCUGAAAGAGGGCACACAGCUCCAGGCCAUUGUCCAAGAUGGAGAUUACAAGCGUAUUGACACCGAUGGCAUGGUCAUCCCUAAGUUCAGUAUCGAAGCCAAUGAGAAGCUGAGAAGCCUCGGUGUUGAGACUAAAAUCUUGCUACCCGAGGAAAAGUCUCACGGCUUUGAUGUUGGAGUCGAGGUAGACGAACCAGAGUUUGCUCCUAUUCGUGCAGGUCUUGAUUUCUUGAUCGAACACGCGAAGCUCUAG